CAAAUUUGGAAAAAAUUUAAAUACCGCAGUCAUCACAACUUUUAGCAAAUUUUCUACAGAACAUCGGCGUUUUCUCUUCUUUGAGCACCUCCAAACUUAUAUUCCACCUAAAUCAAUAAUAGUAUGUGAGAGCCGAGCGAUGAUAACAGGUGAUAGCAGGCAAACAGCAUUGUCACUUAAUCGUUACAUGAAAUUUAUUCCUCUUAGAGAUGUUUUGAAAGCUUUUUUUUUUAAAGAAAGUAUUGGAAAUCAAAACACAAAUAUCUUGACAUGUUUUAUAUUGUGAAUUAUUUUUAAAUUAAAAAUUUCAAUUAUAUAUUAAUUGUGCAGUUAUUCUUGGCCAUUGUUCGUCAGUUGUGCCAACGAUUUAUCCACGUGAAUAUAUUCAUAAAUAUUAUAAAAUUUGAAAUCUUCACUAUACACUAAUAGUGAUUAGAGUUAUCCUUGUAUUGUAUUGGCUCUAUAUUCAUAUUUAAGUAAAUAGUGAGUAAGAUGGAAUCUUCACACGUUUUUUGUGUGACUUGCAACCGAGAUAUUUAUGACAAAACUGUAAAAUUUACAACAAAUACUUUGGAGAAAAACAAAUCCGUAUUAAAAAUUAGAAAAAAACAUAAUUUAAAAUUUAAUGACAUUUCUUUGCCAGAGGAAGUUAAUGAAAAUACAGGUUAUCUUGUGAAGUGUUAUAAAAACUUUCUUGCUGUUAUUAAAAAAUAUCGCGAGAACGAACCAUCGACUUCAUCUAUUUAUAUUACUAUUUAUAUUACGAUAUUUUUUAUGAACUUAUAUAUUCUUUAUUAAAGCACCAGGACCAGACGGAAUAAGCAAUGAAAUACUCAAACAAGUGAAAGAGAAAAUAACUCCUAUUCUUACAGAAAUUAUCAACCACAUUGUAAAAACUGAAAUUAUUCCACAGCAGUGGUCUCAAUCUAACAUAAUUCUUCUGUACAAAAAAGGAGAUCAAUAUGAUAUCGGAAACUACCGGCCCAUAAGUUUGAUGUCUAACUUGUACAAAAUAUUUGCAAAGUGCAUACUCAGGAGUAUGGAAAAGAAACUCGAUGAGCAACAGCCAAUAGAACAAGCAGGUUUUAGAAAGGACUACUCAGUACUUGAUCAUAUUCAUGUUAUUAGGCAAAUCAUUGAGAAAUAUGGAGAAUAUCAACUUAUAUGUUAUUUAGCAUCUAUCGACAAUAUAUUAAGAGAACAAGGGAUUGAACAAAUAUACGAGGGUGGAUUGAAAAGUUCGCGGCCUAACACAUAAAUACUUAAACUAUUUUAAUGUAACUGACCUCAUUCGAUAAGUUUACUCUCUGGUUGU